AAACCCUGUCUGAAGGCGAAUACUAGAAUUGCCUUGGUUAAGUUUGCUUCUUCUAACGAAGCAGAGAAGGCUGCCCAAAAGCUUGAAAAUUUGCAGAUUUUUGGUCAGAUUAUUGCAUCUUACCGUCCUUCACGACUCAAGUAUUGCAAAGAUCACAUAGUCUGGAACAAAGAUUACCUUCUAGGAAAAGAAGAUGAGACACCUCCCAAUUUUGUUGAGAAUGUUCUCUUUGUUUCCAAUCUCUCUCCUCAGACUAAAAUAUUUCAUAUCAUCGAUUACUUCAGUUAUGUUGGAGAAGUGGUUACUGUUCGACUUAUUGUAAAUCCCGAGGGUAGGCGUGUGGGCUAUGGCUUUGUUGAAUUUGAUUCUGCCGAUGCAGCACAUAAUGCGCUCGAACUUAUGAAUGGUGAAUACUUGCUCGAUCACAUUGUUUUUCUUGAUGUGGCUAAGCUACCUCCGUACCGUCUUCUACACCAGUACAACCUUGCAGAGAAGCUCUGCUAAGGGAUUUAAGGGAUACAUCACUUUGUUCUCUCGAAAUUUCAGUUACGAAGACUAUCUUCGACGAGCGAUCACAAAAGGAAGACUUGAUGAAACUUCCUAUGAAGAAGGAGAAGGCCUUGAUGGAACUCCAAGUUUUGUUGAGGCAGUUGCUGUAAGACGUAAGACUAUCUCCGUCGGCAAUCUCCCUUGCCCAACUGUAAUACGAGAUAUCAUCGAUUUAUACAAAGAUGUUGGACAAGUUGUUCAUGUUCGACUUGUUACAGACUGCAAGGGCAAGCAAAAUGGCAUGUGCUAUAUUGAGUUUGCUUCUGCUAAAGAAGCAGGGAAGGCGAUGAAAAAGAAGUAUUUGCAUGGUCAAAAAUUGUAUAGUUAUCCGGCUGAGGAAUUUCCAAACCUUCCGCGUCCCAAGUAUUGCAUCGAUCACAAUGUUUGGUACGAAGAUCAACUUGGACGAGAAAACCGUUUGAUCGAUGAGGAAUUGGAGGAAGGAUUUGGUGAAACUCGUGAUUUUGCCGAGGAAGUAGCAUUAAGAAAAAAAACACUCUUUGUUUACAAUCUCUCUCCCAACGUAACAACACGUCAGAUCUCUGCUUACUACAAAAAUGUUGGAGAAGUUUGCCGUGUUCGACUUGUUGUAAACCGCGAGGGUGAGCAUGUGGGCUGUGGCUUUGUUGAGUUUGCUUCGGCUGUCGAAGCAAAGAAGGCGCUGCUGUACGAGAGUAGAGCUCUGAAUAUUCAUAUCAUUUCUGACGUGGUUGAGAUGUCUCCAUACCCUAUCCGACCAAAGUACAACCUUGCAGAGAAGCUCUGGAGGAACGAAGAAUACCUUCUACCAGUAAGCCUUCCGAUAGAAGGAGAUUAUUUGGAGAAACCGGAGGUGACUAAAUUAUUCUGCGGUAAGAGGAUAACCUUCUCUGACGAUGACUGAUGGAAGAAGAUGAAGAAGCUAUCUGGUGUUUUUAAACUUGUGAUACAUUUCAACUUGAUGUUCUAGUUUAGUUAUUAUUGUGUUGAGUCUAUGUUAAAAUAUGCUUUAACCUGUGAUGUUUUGUUAGAUUCAAUCUUUGGUAUCUUUCACCAAAGUGAAAAAAGACCAGUGGUAGAAUCAUUUAUAUUAGUAUAAUGUCUUAGUCUUAUAUUUUAUAUGAGCACAUUUGCUAUAAUAAAAUAUUUAUUUUUACGAACUA